AUGUCAGCUGAUGUAUCCACUUAUCAUGGUGGAGACGGGGGUGGUACCGAUCCACCGGACCCUAGUAGGGUUCUGCCGACUUGUCAGACGACUCCACCGCCAAGAAGAAGGGGAUGUGGCCUUGCUACCAACUUGGAUGUUGACCAAAGAAGGCGGGAUGCAGGAAAACCAUUACCACUAAAGCUUGAUGCCGUGACAGGCAAAGUGGUUGGUAAAGAAAAUCAAGCUUUUGUACGUCAAAUGGGUGUUGAGGUCACAAUUACGUUGCCAGGAUACUACUUGAAUUUUAAUGAAAUCCCUCAACACUUUAAAGACCAAAUUGUAGAAAAAAUGAAGUAUUUGUACGAUAUUGAUGGCCAUCCUGAGCCUGAAAGAGUGAUGAGUACUCUUUAUCAUGAGAUGAAGAGAAGAUAUUAUAGUUGGAAACAAAUCAUUGACUUAUUUUUGAGCCCAAAAUUCAUUGCGCGUUCAAAUCAAAACAAGAAAAAUAGAGGGGAAAUGCAGUAUUUGUCAACGCAAGGCUCGAGGUCGAUGGCAGCGUCUCGUAAUGAACAUGACGUCCCGGAAGAUUACGCAAUUCAUACUUGGAAGAGAGGCCACCUCAGAAAAGGAACAGAAGACACUUGGAUUAGCGAGACAUGCAAAGAACUACAUGAGAAAAUGCUUGAAGAGGUUGCUAGCAUGACGGAUACAGAAGAUGAUUCUAGCGAUGGGUCUGUUAGCAAAUACAAGAAAUUAAAAGCUAUGAAUAAAGUUCUUGGGAGCCAGUCGAACUAUCUAAGGGGACUGGGUUAUAAAUUGAAAGGCAGCUCGGAAACAAGUUCUAGUACUCAAAGUCGAGCUCAAUCACAAAUACCGACUUCAUCCAUUACUCCGGAAGAUAUGGGAGUCUUUGCCGAGUUUAUGUUGAAAAUGCGUGAUAAGAUUGACCAGUCUGGCACCUCCAGUGACGCGCCACAACAACAACAACAACAACAACAACAACAACCACCACGCUCGCCUCAGCUGCCUCAGUUUUUUCAACAAGAACAACAAAAUUCUCCCAACAUGUCUGCUGGCUCUUCACAAUCACCUCAGUUGCAUUACAUGUUCGGGCUUCCCUCACAGUCUCCUCCUAAAUUUUUUUCGGAUGCCGCUGGAGGAUCUCAGACACAACCUAUGGUUGGCAAUAUUGGAGGCUCAUCCCAACAACACUACCCUAUGUACGGUCAAUUUGGGUCAUUGUUGCAGCAACAACCUGUGUAUGGUCAAAUGGGAGGAUCUCCACAACAGCCUAUGUAUGGUCAGUUUUUUAGUGCGCAGAGUCAGCAACAACAGCAACAACCAAUUUUGGUUCGCCCGCAGCCUCGACAAUAUGUGGAGAUCUUACCAACACCGCAGACUGGACAACCUUAUUACCCUAUCCCACCUGCUCAAUCCCGUGAUAAUCUUGAUGGUUCAAGACUUAGCUCGGAUGCAGAUGAAUUUUUAGAGUAUACUGAUUUGAAUAAUGAUAGUUAG